GGGCUGAGUUCCUGUCCAAGCUGGGACACGUGAAAGACUUCUCCCACUGGCCGAAGCAGCCUCCCCAUACCCUCUGACCUCAAGGGAAGCUGGUCUACUUCCUCCCAUUUUUUUUAUCAAAGAAAGUGCCAAUAAGCAGCAAUCGGCAAGAAUGUGAACAACUUUUCCAGUGGUUGAUAGCAGUGGCUCACACAGCUCUGCAGAUCCCUAAAAAGGACCCAGGACGGGAGCGCUCAGUAGAACCACCAUGAAGACCUUUCGGAUUGCUCUUCUUAUCCUCCUCCUAACCCCGCUCAAGCUCCUCACUACAGCAACUGAGACACCCAAUACGAGUGUUCCUCCUCCCAAUACAUCUGUCCUUAUAACCGAUGCUUCUGCCACCGCUGCUGAGACCACACGCAAAACAGUAAAUGCCACGGACAAACCAACAGCAACACCACCCCAUCUCUCAGUGCAGUCCACAUCUCCACAUGCUAAGGAUGAUGACAGAGGGUCAACGACCCAGGCCACAACAACUGUUCCCACGAGUGACCCACUCCAAAAUGUGGCCACAGUUCAGGCUACAUCAAAGACCCACCCACAAGUUAUUCAGACAACCACAGAGAGACAUGGUUUUCCUUCACCGGGAUCCUUGACCACCUCCAGACCAGUAGAGAAAGUUUCAGGUGGUGGAAUUACAGGUCAGGAAGGAGACAAGAACGAUAGGAAUGCGGGUCAAGAUGCCAGUCACCGGGCUGGAGAUGAAGAACCAGAAACUCCUAAAUCAAAUAAGAAUAUGCUGUGGAUUCUUUUGCCAGUCCUGGGAGUUGUGGUGGCUGCUGUCAUCGUCUUUUUCAAAUUUAAAAGCAUGAAGGUCCACGAUCACACAGAGGCAAUUGAUAAUGGAACAGAAAAUGCUUCUUUCCAGAGCAGGUCGGACAGCACCAAAGAUGGUGUCAUGCUUCUCGGGGUGAAGUCCUCAGGUGCCGCUGCAAGAUAAAAGGGAGGGCGUCCCAUUCGACAGUAUAUGACCAAUAGCUCUCACAACCCGAAAAAUGGUCAAGACCGUCAACUAUCUAAAAAUGCUGGACAAUCAAAUAUGGCAUAUAAGAAUCCCGAAAGCUAAGUGGGCACAUUCUUAUACUGUAUAGUGUGGAAAGAAGAUUGGUGUGGAGUAUUGUGGGAUAUGGGACUCUUACUGAACAUGUGUCUGUUAAAAAAUAUUCACUAGGAUACUGUAUAUCAUUUUAAAAAAUAUGUACUUCACUGUUUUUUGUAUUCUUAAUUUGAUGGUAAUUUAGCCAAGGAGGAACUGUGAUCUCAAUUUAAUCAAGAUCCAGACAUUUCAUUCAGGAAAACAAUGCUAGAUUUGGAAUUAAUGUGAAUGAAUUAACCCAAAAUCUCAUUGUCUGGGUGCAAGAGGAUUGUUUGUCUCAUCCCUGUAUUUAAGAUACUGGUUUUGAUUUUAUAUCACACAAACAUGUAUGAAAUCCAAAUGCACUGAACCUGAAUUCAGCACACAAUUCCUUGAUUCAAACCAGUUAGUGACCAGUACACAUUAUUAAGUGUUUGUAUGCUUCAAAUCUGUUGUAAUAAAUCAUUUAGCAUUCAGUGUAAAUGCCAGGAUCGCAAAGAUUAGCUAUUUUGCCGGUAUGUUUCCUGCUUUUCAACCAGUUAUUGUGUAUAUUAGAGCAAACAAUAAGACUUCCCACUGGUCAAAGAACAUUUGAAUUUCUCAAAUAAAGAAGAACGUUAUUUGACUGAU